CCGCGACUUGGUGCGAUGAGGGCGUCCGCCACGAACGUUAAAGGCUCCAUGAAACCACAACCCAGUAGCGAUAGAGCGUUUUCGACAUACUCGCCGUGGAUAGGAUACCAAGCGUGCGCUUUUUCCGCGUAAAAGCGCAUUGUUUAUAUUUUUGUUAUGAUUGGCGUAAUUGGAUUAUUGGUUCGGUUUUCCCCGCGCAAUCCCUUCGAUAGUCAUCGUUGCGUUAUGCUCGCUGUCGUUCACGGUCGGCCGGUGUUGAUGCAACCGUAGAAUAGAACUUGUCGCUAGCAAGGUUUCUGGAAGUGGUAGCUGCUUUCAGUUGAGUUCGGGACUUGGAAUUCGUCGGUAGUAAAUUUGCGUUAUUCGUUGCACUAUGCUGGCCAUGUGGCUACCGCAGAAGCAAUAUGGCCCCCAAUUAGGCAGCAUUUUUCGAGUUGUUGCAUAAUAAAUUUGGCGUGAUCUCUGACCUGUCUGCGUUCGCCAGGUCUCCAGCUCUUAUGAAGUGAUAUAUCGGUGUUAUCUGCAUUUAAAUAGUUGUUUGGAUUGUAGUGACUUCCGAGCGAAGUAUCUUGCCAGAUGAUUUGUGACGAGAGUAGUGCGGUUAUUCUCGAUGGCAGCGGGUUGCCACUUGGAUAUUGCAGCCUAGAACCAAUCGAUACGUUGGCUCGUUGAGGCAACAAGUAAAGGGUACAACCCGUCGAUUCGACGCAGCAUAUUAAUUGAAUAACCAAGCUCGAGCUGGUCGGGUGGAAAUUGUAGUGUUGGAAGAGUGAAAGCGAAAAUGGACGCCAAAGAUAGCGAUCGGUUGGAGGAAACCCAUGAAAAAGCCGAAACAGAAGUAAGGAGGAUCAAGAUCUACGCUAAAUGAGUGAAAAUUGAACCUUUCGAUUUGGAUGAACUAUUACCGGCGAUAGGGGAGUUUGGACGUUACCAGAAACUGCUGCUCUGGUUGAUCUGUCUUCCGGCAUGUAUUCCUUGUGGAUUUUGUGCCUUCAAUCAGCUGUUCAUGACCGACGUACCCGAGGAGUAUUGGUGUAAGAUUCCAGAAUUGCAGAAUUUCAGCACGGAAGAACGGAAGCUGUAUGGCAUUCCAAUCGUCGAGCAUGACGGACUGGAGGAGUUCAGCAAGUGCUCUCGAUAUGCGGUGGAUUGGAAAGCAUUGCUAGCUAGUAAUGACUCUUCGUCUAUUAUUCCUAACAAUUCCUGGCCGGUGGAGCACUGUCGCGAUGGGUGGGAAUUCAAUAGUUCCACCGUGAUAUCAUCGAUAGUGAUUGAUUAUAAUCUAGUCUGUGAAUACGACAUUUAUCCCACAUUGGGACUAGUAGCUCUGAACACUGGAGGCCCGGUCGGAGUGUUUCUCUUCGGUAUGCUCAACGAUCGUGCUGGACGCAGAACAUCGUACUUCUGCUGUCUGGCAACGCUGCUUUUCGGCAGUUUUAUCACCGCUGCCAGUAGAAGCUUUUCGAUGUGGGCGUUGAGCAGAGUGAUCGUUGGCCUCACCAUCCCAGCAGUGUACCAAAUUCCGUUCAUCAUCGCACUGGAACUGGUAGGGCCAAACUACCGUUCGUUCGUUACCGUAAUGACCUGCACCUUCUACACUUUAAGUCUGAUGAUGCUCGCCGGUGUAACCUACCUGAUACGGGACUGGGUGGAACUCACUUUCUACACCUCAGUGCCGUUUCUGUUGUAUUUCCUUUACCUGUUUGUGAUGCCCGAAUCGCCACGUUGGCUUCUGAUGAAAGGCAGACUCGAAGAAGCGUUACAAAUCCUCGAAAAAAUGGCUAGAAUCAACGGUAAGCAGUUUCCGGCGGCGUUCAAAAGCAAACUCCAGUUGAGGGUUCAGGCGGAAAAGAAUAGGACCGAGAAAAGGAAGGAGGUGUCGAUUGGUCCUUUUGACCUCUGCCGCACGCCAAACAUGAGACUGAAAACAAUCCUUAUUACGUUGAAUUGGUUCGUCAAUGAGACGGUGUAUCUCGGUCUGAGCUAUUACGGGCCAUCGCUGGGGGAGAAUCAGUAUUUGAGCUUCUUCCUAUCAUCGCUGGUGGAGAUACCAAGUUACUUGGUGUGCUGGGUCGCAAUGGACCGCUGGGGUCGACGAUGGCCCAUGUGUAUGCUGAUGAUUUUGGGGGGUAUUAGCUGUGUGGCGACAGUGGUUUUACCGGAGGAUGCCGUGAUGGAAACAUUGUGCCUUUAUCUUCUGUCGAAAUCAAUGAUAUCGGCAUCAUUCCUUAUAAUCUACCCUUUCGCCGGAGAGCUGUACCCUACACAGGUGCGGGGUGUUGGAAUCGGAACAUCCAGCUACAUCGGCGGUUUGGGAUUGAUUGUUAUUCCAUUCAUAACAUAUUUGGGAAAAGAGAACCUCAUUCUUCCGCUGGUCAUCAUGGGCUGCGUAUCGGUGGCAGGAGGCUUCACCGGGCUCCGUCUACCGGAAACCCUUCACCAUCGGCUCCCGCAAACGCUGGAGGAGGGUGAACUGUUCGGACAGGACUGGACCGUCGACGAUUGCUUCCGCUGUAUGCCGUCGAAGAAGUCCCCUACCGGAUCGUACGAAAACCUUUCACUGGAACCCUCCGACACGGCCCUGGAGCUAAACAUUGGCCAACCGCUGGUGAAUGGCAGUGGUGCCGGACGUGGUCCGGGUGACGCGCGUGGAACCUAUUCGGCGGCAACGUCCACGGAGAAGACCCCGCUGGAGAUGGCUCGGUUGCGCCGGCAGUCGAUGAAGCGACUGGUAAGACAGGCGAGCACGAUGGAUACGCAGAAAACGGCGGACGGGGCCAUGCAGCUGACUUAUUGGUUCUGAAGGGGCUUGGGAUGGGCUGUCAUCGUCAGUAUUGCGCUUAGGUAAAUGAAAACGAUCGGGUUUUAUUUUUUGAACAUAUUUUAACAAUAAAGAAAUACGUAUAUGUAUAUUUUCGGUUCUUUCUCUGAUUUGUUAUUUUUUUUCUAUAAUAGUAAUGUGCAUCGACAACAUUUACUUGAUUAAACUAAAGUGUUCUGGGAUGAGUUUAGCUUGAACAGGCUUGAACGUAUUCUACAGCUGUUAUUGUAGUUCUUGUUUUUAUGGGAGAUUUGUAUUAUUUUCUUAAGUGUGCACUGGAAUUUAUAAUAAAACACUGUUGUCCAUUACAAUAUUCGCAUCUGAAUAUCGUUUGAAGGUUCUAUUUACUAAGAUAGAUUUCUGGUAGGAUCCAUGAAGCAACAGAUUGUUUUUCAUCGGCUUGUAAACUAUGAAACUAAAACUACUUCCAUGCUUUUUCUUCGCCAUGGGAAGCAUUCACGGUUGUAUAGGCAUUUCUAUGGAUAUGUUGUUUAAAAGGAUUUUCUCUUCCACGCUUAUUUUAUUUUAUUUGCUUUGUUAAAUUUAUAGGAGAAGAGACGAUUGUACAGUAGAUUGAAUAGUCGGAAUUGAAAAUGCAGGGAGAAGUUUUGAUAGAGGAAAUGAAAAUCUCUCGCGUUCAUUUUAAACAUCUGGCAUCUUCUUUGUACUAAGGAAUCAAAAUAAAAUAGUUAAAUGAGUUAUCGUUUACUUGUAUGUUUAAAAGAAAUAGGAUAAUGCACAUCUUGAAGUAGGUUUAUUGGAACAUUUUUUUACCGUAUAGUCCGAACAAAAAUCGUGUAUUUUGCUUUAAAACUAUAUUUUGCGAUUCAAAGUCUUUUCGGGAGAUUUUUUUUAUUGGGACGGCGAUCAGUUGUCUGCGUUUUCAUUUAAUGUUCGGCUGAAUAAGUAUGCAUGAGUGCCUGUGAUCUUAUUCGCGUAUUAGUCAAUCAUUACUAGGUUAGAUAGAUGACUUAUAUUGUUGUUUAGUGAAAGUGUCUUUUUUGUUGGUGUUUGAAUUAAUUAUUUUGCCAAUGUAUUUUCUCAUUAAGUUUAUUAAACUAUCGAAUCAAAUUGGCCGUUCUGUGAUACACAAAAACGAUUACAGUUGAUUAAUAACUUAGAUGAAUCUUGGCUGAGGAGCCGGAUCGUUUCUAAUGAGUGUCAUCAGUGUAUAGUUAAUAGUCUAUAAUUUUAAUUUUUGUUCUUGUAAAUAUCCGAUUGUAAGAUUGUUGAAAUUAAAUAUAAAAAUUUUAGAUGCAUAAAAUUGUUCUGUAUACUAUCAUAAUCACAUGCCAACGCAAGUUGUUUCUGAAGACCAUGCUAAGACGGUAGGAAAAGGUUGAAAUUAAAUUUCUAAAGUUAUCACAAAUGUGCCCUACAUAAUAAUAAAGGAAACUUUUUAUCACUACAAAAUUUCGAUGUCCGAAAAAAAAACCGAAUUAUGUAAUUUCGUUUGUUAUUCCAAAUUUUAAUCUAAAGAUAACCUUUUCCAAAAUACGUUGCGUUGUUACAACCAGAAAAAGAGUCCCACUCUUUCAGAUAAAUGUCACUGAUUUAUGCGUGUUGUUCAAUGAAUUCUGUCUUUUUUUUAUCUAGAAGGCAUACAGUUUCUUAAAAAAAUUCCUGCACUUUCCUUUUGUAUUUCGGAUCUUUCUACAAAAGUCCUUUUAUAAUUUUGUGGGUAAAAUUGUCUGCUCUGGAUUUAAAUGGCACUUUCAGGUAAGUUCAUUUCAAUGUGUGUUUUUUUAACCGUCAUGAAAAAAGGAAGGUCGGAAACUUGAAAUAGGCUUCUUUGUUCUACAGAUUUUUUUUUAAAGGCUAACCCAUUAGUGAGUUUUGUUGGUCCGGGUAUUUUGAGGGUUUCAAGCGUUCGAAGGACUGGGAAUUUGAUCUGAUCGCAGUAGGCGAUCCGACAUUUGUUUCGUUGCCAUGACGCAUUUGGUUUGAUUUCUAUAGGCACGAGUGACGGUUUUGUUCUGUUAACAUCAUAGCUGAUGUUUGGGGAAGAUUAAAGGUUCGCUGAUAGUGGUGCCGUCUAACUAAAUAUUUGAUUGAAAUGGCAGUACAAGUAAUAUGAAUUUUCGAUUUUGUCAUAAUUUUGGUUUAUUUCUAUUUUCAUGUAUCUUUUAACGUUUUUCAUAUUCCAUACAUGAUUUACACAUAUGAUGUAGCAAGUAAGUACGAUUACAGUUUAUUAAAAUCAAACAAAACAAAAACGUAAUACAUAUAUAAUAUCGUUUAACAAAAUAAGAUCAAUGGCAAGUUCUGGUAACGUAAAAAUUGUGAUGCUUACAGUAGAACUAACAGAAGACGAACUUAGAUUCUAACUGGCAAGUAAACAAUUUGUGCUCACUGGUGUUUGAGUAUUUUAUCUCGUCUGUAUUACUGGGAAUUCGUUUCGAAUGGGGCGGAAGAUAUUACCGUUUAUAAAAUAACCAAUGAAAUACAUUCGUCAAAUGAUUCUCUAUAACACAUAAUGGACUAGCAUAGAAAUAUCGCAAUGUUCUCCUUCAUCUAGUUUAUAUUUCGAAUGAUGUACAGGGGAAGUGCAUUUUUUACUAUAUUAGUACGUUUCUUACAUCGACAAUUAGGAAACUAAAUACAUUGUUUGAACGUCUAUUCAACUUAACCUAAAAAUUUCAUCCUCGUAUCCUUCACAUUACAUGAAAGUAUUUAUUAAUCUGUUUGCAUUCUCUUCCCUUGCAUUAUCCAUCGGAGUAAUUGUUAAUGAUUUUGUUGGUUUUUGUUUAUUUGUAAAUUUGUACUACCAGUUCUCAAUCCUCUCAUAUAUUUUUUGUUACGGUUCGUUGCCUCAUCCUUUACUAUCUUGGUUAAGCACUAUCGUUUCUUCUAUCAUCAGAUCUGUAUAUCGAUUGAACAUAAUGGGUUUACAUCUAUAUAUUUAUUGAACAAAACUUUUCAACUCAUAUAAUUCUGAUUCAUAAAUACAGUUUACCUAGCAAAGAUCUGUGGUUUUCACAUCCUAAUACUACUAUGUACAAUAACUUAAGUAAUUUCCUUAAAAUUAUUGAUUUGUAUUUAUUUGACAACGACUUAAUCUAUUUGAUAGUUUGAGUGCAUUGUUGGGAAACGACGGAAUCUGAUUUACGCGUGGAAAAUUGACGAAAAGCAAAGAUGGUGUAUUGUAACUUGUCGAUUGGGAAGUGAGUAUUUUUAUGUCUUUUUAUUACAUAGGCGAAAGGUGAAUAAAUCUUAACCUUGUUACGAAUGGAUUGAUUUCGCUUAUUACUGUCGUAUUUUGUCAGUAAUUGUUAACAAAUAUUUUGUAACUUAUUUGUAAAGUUCAGAUAAGUAAUUGAAAGAAUGUUCUUGCAAAGCGCCAUAAACUCUAUACAAACACUGAAAAAUCACUUUAAUAAAGCUCAAAAAACAAGUUUCAUACAUACUCCUGUUACAAAUGAACAAGAAAAUGUGCUAGAAGUGUUUCGUGGCAAUUACAUUUUUACUUUUGCAAUGGCUUAUUUGGAUAAUAAGUGUCAAAAUAUUUUAUCUGCCUCGCAAUUUUUCAGACGAUGUGUUCACUGUAAAAUGAACUGAAAAUAGACCCGUGCAGGGGUUCACCAAAUUCACUCACCCAAUGGAUUUUGACAUUUGAGCGGGGUAUUCACUCGGACAAAAGUUCAUUAUGCGUUCAAAAGUCAUAAUUUUGAACACAUUUCCAUGCAUCAUGUUCAUUUCGAAUGAAUUUCGUCACGUCCCAAACGUCAAAAGAGAGGUGUUGCAGUAUACCAAUAACGUGAAUCAGCCUUCUUGGAUUUUUUUAUUGUCUAUCCGGAAUAAAGUUAGAACGCCUUUUAUACCGAAGUUGAAUUUUUCUUCAGAUACAAGCAACUUACCCAACUUCGGAAGUAGUGCGCUGAAUUCGCCUAAAGAUGCGCUAAACAACGCAUCAAUUAGUUUGACAGAUAAAACUUCGGAAGAAAGUCCCGACUUCCGAAUUCUAAGUUGGUGCUACGCCGACAAUAUGGGACAGUCACCGAGUCUGUUUUUUUUAAAGCUUUAUUAGAGUGAUUUUUAAGGUUCAUCACUCCCGAGUCUGUUUAUGUUUUGCACUGAAAACAAAUUUUUCACCCUGAUAUAGGAACUCUGGUUUUGAGGUUUGAUUAGUGCCAAAAUAAACCUUUUUGCUUACAUUGAGCUUACUUCAAAUGAAUUUCGGCACCUCCCAAACGUCCAAAUCUUCGUUAAGUUCAUUCGGUGCAUUGCCCCAGGUGUAAGGAAAAUUUUCCAGACAUCGGUCAAAUGUCAAAUCCUUCAAGUUUAUUUGGAUAGACCUGUGCAGGAGUUCAUCAAAUUCACUCACCCAAUGGAUUUUGACAUUUGAGCGGGUCGUCUUCUCAAACAAAAGUUCAUUUUGCGUUCAUUAUGCGACCCGCUCAAACGUCAUAAUUUCUUGGGGGAGUUCAUUUUGCGUUAGUCUAUAGUGCUC